AUGGCAGAACGCGUACAAUUAUCAGAUUAUGUCUGGCUGAAAGCUACGGGAAAAUCGGAAUUCGAUAUUCCUAUAGCUGUAAAGGUACAGAAAAAUAAAGGUGACAAGCUUGAGGUCCAGGAUGACGAUGGCAAAGUGUUUAACACAUCGAUACAAAAUGUUAUGAAGCCGCUGCACUCGACCUCCAUAAUGGGGGUCGAAGAUAUGAUCACGCUUGGAGAACUCCAAGAAUAUACUAUCCUGAGGAAUCUUCAUAUGCGGUAUAACAAACAACUCAUUUAUACUUAUACAGGAUCAAUGUUGAUAGCCAUAAACCCGUACGAAAUUCUGCCAAUCUACACAAUGGAUCAGAUACACUUUUAUCAAGAGAGAACGAUUGGGGAAAUACCGCCACACAUAUUCGCUAUCGGGGAUAAUUCUUAUAAAGAGCUUAUGGAUACGUCAUCAAACCAGUGCAUAGUCAUCAGUGGUGAAAGUGGUGCUGGAAAAACAGAAAGCACGAAAUUAUUGCUUCAAUAUUUAGCUGCGGCCAGUGGUAAACAUUCGUGGAUUGAACAACAAAUUCAAGAAACUAAUCCUAUAUUAGAAGCAUUCGGUAAUGCUAAAACCGUGAGAAAUGAUAAUUCGUCGCGUUUCGGUAAAUACGUCAACAUUUACUUUAGCAGAAAAGGUAUCAUUGAAGGAGGAAAUAUCGAUCAAUAUCUUCUAGAGAAAUCACGUAUAGUCUUUCAAAAUAAGGGAGAAAGAAAUUAUCACAUUUUUUAUUCACUCAUUGCGGGAUUAUCAGCCGAAGAAAAAAAAAAGUUGGAAUUAGGAAGAGCUCAUGAUUACAUUUAUUUAAACUCUGGCAAUAUGUUAACUUGCGAUGGCCGAAAUGAUGGCUUGGAAUUCAAUGAUAUAAGAUCCGCGUUUAAAGUCCUGAAUUUCCCAGACAACGAGGUUUGGGGCAUUUUUAGCCUACUAGCGGCUAUAUUACAUUUAGGAAACCUUAAAUUUAAAUCAUUUAAUGUUAAUAACAUUGAAUCCUCUGAAGUGGCGGAUGUUAUAAAUGCGAGUAGGAUUGCCAGUCUUCUUGGAGUCAAUAAAGCUACUCUCUGCGAUGCCUUGACACGAAAAACUUUUGUUGCACAUGGAGACAAAGUUGUCACUACUCUCACUUCAGCUUCUGCUGUUGAAGGCAGGGAUGCACUUGUCAAAGCUAUUUACGGCCACAUCUUUGAAUAUAUAGUAGACAUGAUAAACAAAACACUUUUCAAAGACCAACAGCUUUCCAGUGGUUCUAUCGGUAUUUUGGAUAUUUUCGGUUUUGAGAAUUUUGACUACAAUAGUUUUGAGCAAUUGUGUAUUAACUACGCUAAUGAAAACUUGCAACAAUUCUUUGUUAAGCACAUUUUUAAGAUUGAGCAACAACAGUAUGAGAAAGAAGGAAUAACUUGGCACAAUAUAAACUAUGUUGAUAAUCAAGAAAACCUUGACCUUAUAGGUCUUAAACCUUUAAAUUUGCUUUCUCUAAUUGAUGAAGAGUCAAGGUUUCCAAAAGGAACAGAUAUUAGUUUGCUUUCAAAAUUGAAUAACAACCAUGGAACCAAAAGUUGUUAUAUUAAUCCAAAGUCAAGUCAUGAGCACAGGUUUGGUGUGAAACAUUUUGCUGGAAAUGUUUACUAUUCAGUACAAGGUUUUCUAGAUAAAAACAGGGAUAAGUUAACAGCAGAUGCGAAAGAAAUGGUUUUAGAUUGUAAUAAUGAGUUUUUAAAGGCGCUAUUUACAUCUAACUUUUCUGGUAAUCAUAGUGGAAGUAGAAAACCAUUUUCACUGAGUAAUCAGUUCAAGACGUCACUUGAUUCUCUUAUGAAAACCUUAUACGCCUGUCAUCCAUUCUUUGUGAGAUGCAUUAAGCCUAAUGAGUUUAAGAAGCCAAAGCUCUUUGAUCGAGAAUUAUGUGUUCGCCAGCUACGAUAUGCUGGCUUGAUGGAAACCGCUAAGAUAAGACAGGCAGGAUAUCCCAUCCGUUACGCAUACUCUGAAUUUGUUCAUCGAUAUCGUCUUGUAGUUCCAGAUAUUCCACCACCUGAAAAAACAGAUUGCAAAAACGCUACCAAAAUAAUUUGCAGUAAAGUCUUGCAUGAUCAAGAAUUUCGCUUCGGGCAUACAAAAGUUUUUCUUAAAGAUCAUCAUGAUGCUUUGCUUGAAGAUCUUAGGCAUAAAGUACUAAUAACGGCUGUAAUCAGGGUUCAAGCAAAUGCUAGAAGAUUUAUAUAUAGAAGAAGAUUCUUGAAAUUACGCAAAGCUGCUCUCAUAAUUCAAAAAACUUUCCGUGCUCGUGGGUACAGGACCAAAUAUUUGGCUAUGAAACGUGGUUACUCACGUCUACAAGCUACCAUAAGAUCCAGAGAAUUGAGAAAGACUUUCCUAAAUAUAAAGAAAUUCUUCAGACAUUUCCAAGCUCAUUGCAGAGGAUAUCUUAUCAGAAAGUUGGUGAAAGAGAAGGCCCACAUUAUUAGGUCAACCUUAGUUCAAUUACAGAAAGAUAAAUUAGACCUUCAAAGAACAAAUAAUAGUGAAAAUGCAGCAGAGAAUUACCACGAGAAAAAAUAUGAUGAGUUAAUGAGGUCGAUAUGGUUUGUUAAGGAAGUACCAAGUGAAAAUACUCAGAACGCGAUUAUUGAUGACAGAUACGUGGAUGAUGUCUUUGGGUUUCUUAAGGACUCUUCAACGCCUGGUGGUACUGUAAGAGGAACUGGAUUUGGGGUAUCUUCUACUGCAAAACCAGAAGCUUCUGCUGUAAUCCCAAUGCUCCAAGAAGAGGAAGAAGAGACUUUUGAUGAAUUUAACUACAGAAAAUUUGCAGCAACUUAUUUCUUGGGCAAUACUACACACCAGUACUCGAGGAAACCUUUAAAGCAUUCUCUUCUAGAUUUACCUUCACCUAUAGACAGGAUAGCUGCUCAAGCUUUAUGGAUUACAAUUUUGAGAUUUAUGGGAGAUAUGGCUGAGCCUAAGUAUGUAGAUGAUAACGUUGAUAACAUUCCUGUUAUGACCAAAUUGUCUGACACUAUUGGCCGCGCUUUCGCCAAAAGUAAGGAGUUUGAGGAGUAUCUACAGAAAGACAAUCAAAGUAAUAGGAAAAUGAUAUCAAAAACGUUAAAACGACAAACUAAGUUAGAUGAAGAUUUGAUGAAAAACCUUUUAAAUGAUGAUGUGACAAACGAAAUGUAUAGUAGCUGGCUUAAUUCCCGACGAAGUACCAAUUUGGAGAAAUUACACUUCAUCAUUGGCCACGGAAUCAUCCGGAAAGAGCUAAGAGAUGAAAUCUUCUGCCAAUUAUGCAAACAACUCACCAAUAAUCCAUCCAAGGCAUCUCACGCAAGAGGUUGGAUUCUUUUGUCACUCUGCGUGGGCUGCUUCCCGCCGUCGAAACGAUUUGUCAAAUACUUACGUUGUUUCAUUCGUAGUGGCCCACCAGGGUAUGCUCCAUAUUGUGAAGGAAGACUUGUAAGAACUUUUAAAAAUGGCCCAAGGACUCAACCUCCAAGCUGGCUUGAACUUCAAGCUACGAAAACGAAGAAACCUAUACUCCUUACAGUAACAUUGAUGGAUGAAACAAUGAAAACUGUCCAGUCCGAUUCAGCGUCAAAUGCUGAAGAGAUAUGUCAGCAAAUAGCAGAUAGUAUAGGUCUGAGGGAUGUUUUCGGGUUUUCGCUAUAUAUUACUCUAUAUGAUAAAGUGCUCUCUCUAGGAAGUGAAGGAGAACAUAUCAUGGAUGCUAUAUCACAGUGCGAACAAUUUGCUAAGGAACAAGGGACAUCAGAAAAACAUGCACCAUGGAGACUCUUUUAUCGAAAAGAAGUAUUUACUCCUUGGCAUAACCCGGUUGAUGAUACCGUUGCUACUAAUCUAAUAUAUUAUCAAGUAGCCAAAGGUGUUAAAUUUGGUGAAUACAGAUGUAAUUCUGAAAAGGAUUUAGCAAUGAUUGCAGCUCAACAACAUUAUGUAGAAUACGGCUCGAAUAUAGAUCCGAACGUGUUAAGAAGAGUGAUAGUAAACUAUAUUCCCAAUCAAUUCCUUCAAUCGAAUGAUGCAGCUUUAACGAAAUGGGAACAUUUGGUUACAAAAGCGUUCGAAUCUGCAACGAGUAUACAAAACAAAGUCGAUCCUUUAAGGUGUAAAGAAGAUAUAGUAAUUUUUGCCAAAAUAAAAUGGCCCAUGCUUUUCUCUAGAUUCUUCGAAACUAUUAAAUUAAAAGGAGAUGCUAUUAGCAAAGAUAUCGUGAUUAUAGCUGUUAACUGGACUGGAAUUUAUAUAGUAGACCAAUUAGAACAAAUUCUAUUAGAAAUUUCUUACCCAGAAGUCACUUAUGUUGCUUAUGACUCUGAUAAAGAUUACGACAAUGUAGGAAGAGUCACAAUUAGAACAAUCCACCAAGAAGAAUAUGAAUUUCAAAGUGUAGACGCAAGUGAAAUGAGCUCUCUCAUAAUAUACAUGAUAGAUGGUCUAAAAAGACGUUCAACCUACGUUGUGGCACAAUCUGAUGCCCAGGGUUACGCUGACGCCUCAUCAUUUUUGCAGUACAAGAAAGGAGAUCUUAUUGUCCUUUUGCAGGAUUGUACUGGAGAAACACUUAUGAAUUCCACAUGGGGACAUGGUUCAUGCAACGGACAAGAGGGAUUAUUCCCCACAGAACAGGUUUAUAUUCUACCUACAUUAGAAAUACCACAACCUGAAGUAGUUCAAGUCUUUAGAAAAGGUACUGUCAAUACCGAUAAGAAGCCUUUUACUAAGUAUUCUACAAUACAAAGAAAAAGAAUGCAUACUUUAGAAAAAUAUGCAAAAGAGCAUUUCAGAAGCAGCCAUGAUAUAAAUGCUACUAUUUCGAAGCAGUCUACAUUAAUUACAGCUAAAAGAACUAUUGCAAGUGACCUCUGGGCUCACACUAGGGAACCAAUACGCAAGCCUCUGUUAAAAAAAAUAUUAGAAGAUGUGACAUUGUCUAAAUGCGCAGUUUCGUCAUUCUUUGGAAUGCUAAAGUACAUGGGUGAUAUGCCAGCACCUAAAGCACGAUCAGUUACUGAAUACACAGAUGAAAUAUUUAGAUCUGCGGUAGGAGAAAUUUCUUUGCGUGAUGAAAUUUACUGCCAAAUAAUGAAGCAGCUUACGAACAAUAGGAUACAGCUUAGUGAGGAAAGAGGAUGGGAAUUAAUGUGGCUCGCAACGGGUAUCUUUGUUUGCGGGCAGUCACUCUUUAAAGAACUGGUCGAGUUUCUCAAAACUCGACCGCACCCUAUAGCCAAAGAAUGUUUAAAACGUGUAUUUAAAACGCAAAAGAAAGGAUCUAGAUUGUAUGCUCCUUAUGUGGUGGAGGUAGAAGCAAUUCAACACAGAAGUAUGCAGAUAUAUCAUAAAGUCUAUUUCCCUGAUGAUACCGAUGAGGCUUUUGAAGUAGAUUCGUCUACUAAGGCACGCGACCUUUGCGAACAGAUAACAGGAAGGUUGAACCUCAAAAACAGUGAUGGUUUUAGUCUUUUCGUUAAGAUAGCGGAUAAAGUAUUCUCAGUGCCUGAAAACUAUUACUUCUUCGAUUUUAUUCACGAACUUGUAGAAUGGAUGAAGCAGACGCGUCCCAUUCGUGGAGGUCCACAACUACAAAUGCAAAUGAAUUAUCAAAUUUUCUUCAUGAAAAAGCUUUGGAUUAACACCUUACCUGGUAGAGAUAAAAACGCUGACCAAAUUUUCUACUACCCGCAAGAGUUGCCGAAGUAUUUAAGAGGUUACCAUAAAACCUCAAAACAAGACCUAGUGGAAUUAGCAGCCUUGAUAUAUAGAGCUAGAUACGGUAGCGAUCAGUCCAUGCUACCGCAAAUCACGCAAAUGCUUGAAGAUUUGGUACCUGUUGAUAUGUUAAGAAUUUUUAAUAAUUCGCAAUGGAAAUCAGCCAUUAGUACGGCCUAUUUACAGCAAAAUCAAUUGACAGAAAACGGAGCAAAGGAACAGUUUUUGAAGAAAAUUUAUCAGUUGCCGACAUUUGGCACUGCUUUCUUUGAGGUUAAGCAAACUUCCGAUCCUGCCUUUCCAGAGAUGGUUUUAGUUGGUAUCAAUAAAAAUGGCGUCAGUGUAAUUCACCCUCAGAGUCGAGACAUAUUGGUAACGCAUCCGUUCUCCCAAAUCUCCAAUUGGUCGUCGGGGAAUACCUUCUUCCACAUGACUAUGGGCAACUUCCUACGAGGAACCAAAAUAUUAUGUGAAACAUCUUUAGGAUAUAAGAUGGAUGACUUGAUUUCAUCCUACAUCGCAGUCUUAAGAAAAUCUUUAAAUCAGAAAACAAAAGAAUAA